AUGGGCGUUACUCGAAAGAGAAAUAUCAAGGAAGCCCCUGCACAGAAGGGUUCUGGAGCUUCGAGGAGCACCAAGAGCUCGAAACCUCCAGCGCCUUCGAAGCGAAAAAUUCCUCAGACGGCUGCUUCAGAUGACGAAGAUAAAUCUCCUCCUCGUACUAGACAAGCAGUAAAGAAAAGACAGAAAACUGCCACCCCUUUAACCAAAGAAAAGGGAUCUGGGAAUUUGAAGCUUACUUCGUCAAGUGUUUCUCGACACAAAUCUCAUGUGCUUUCUCCGGUUAUCGAAGACGCUCAGCCCCUUGCAACCAUCAUUCCAACUGUGCCUGCUAAAGAAAGCCAUUCAAAUGAUGAUUCUCCACCUACUCAUCAAGAUGAAAAUAUGGGGGAAAAUCCUCAGUGUUCGGAUAGUGAUAAUGCAGCCGAACAACCAACUGGCAGUGAAGAUACUAUAUCUGAGCAAGAUGCUGCGGAGGAAACUUCCAAUUUGCCUACACCUGGUCCUCAUGAAACUUUGACCUUCAGAACUAUAGUCACUCCUAGUUUGAUAAAACCUCUUGUACUUCUCAUCCUCACAAUGGCGCAACCUUUGACUUACGUUACCAUCCGGUCCUGCAUCAAAAAGGAAUUCAAUCUCUCUAAGGAGGAAUUCGAUGAAAACCGCAUCAAUAUUGGCGUACUCUUUGCUGACCAACAACUCCAGUUUUACCAGGAAAUCCUGGACGGGUAUGUUUAUCCUAACAUGCUGGCAGAUUUCUGGAUGUUUGCGUCCCUCCGUAUAGAUCCAGAAGGAAGAACCACCAUUGUGUCUCAGCUAUGUUUGGUUCCCAGUGUACAAAUACCGGCUAAGUUCAAGGUCCCUGACUUUGAGAAGUACAAAGGUAGUUCUUGUCCACAAAGUCAUCUUGUGAUGUAUGCCAGAAAAAUGUCUACUUAUGCAGAUAAUCAUCAGUUGCUCAUCCAUUACUUUCAAGACAGUUUGACUGGUGCCGCACUGAAGUGGUACACAGGCUUGGAUAGCACUAAUAUUCGAACAUUCAAUGACCUAGGUGAGGCCUUUGUCCGACAAUACAAAUACAACUCGGAUAUGGCUCCAGACAGAGAUCAGCUCCGAUCCAUGGCUCAGAAAGACCAUGAAGCUUUCAAAGAAUAUGCCCAACGAUGGAGAGAAACUGCUGCUCAGAUUAAUCCACCGUUAAAAGAGAAAGAGAUGACAAAGAUCUUCUUGAAUACUCUCAGUCCGUUUUAUUAUGAACGCAUGAUUGCUAGUGCUCCAAGUGAUUUCACCGAAAUGGUAAACAUGGGGAUGCGUCUAGAAGAAGGAGUCCGAACCGGACGUCUGACUAAAGAAGGUGGAUCUUCGAGUGGAACCAAAAAGUUCGGAAGUGGUUUCCCAAAGAAGUACAAGAUUGUGGAUCAGCUUAUGCAGACUCCUUCAAAAAUCUCAAUACUUUCAUUGCUUUUAAACUCUGAAGCACACAGGGAAGCCCUGAUGAGAGUCUUGGAUCAAGCUUUUGUAGAUCAUGAUGUGACUGUUGACCACUUUGAUGGGAUAAUAGCCAACAUAACAGCUUGUAACAAUUUAAGCUUCUGUGAUGAAGAACUCCCCGAGGAGGGUAAAAAUCACAAUCUUGCUUUGCACAUUUCUAUGAACUGUCAGUCAGACUCUUUGUCCAAUGUGUUGGUAGACACCGGAUCUUCCUUGAAUGUGAUGCCAAAGACGACUCUUGCUCGCUUGUCUUACCAAGGAAUGCCUAUGAAGUUCAGUGGUGUAGUAGUCAAAGCAUUUGAUGGAUCGCGAAAAUCUGUUAUUGGCGAAGUCAACCUUCCCAUGACAAUUGGUCCACAUACAUUUCAAAUCACCUUCCAGGUCAUGGACAUUCAAGCUGCUUAUAGCUGUCUGUUAGGACGACCAUGGAUCCAUGAAGCAGGGGCGGUAACUUCUACGCUCCAUCAAAAGUUAAAAUUUGUAACAAAUGGAAAAUUGGUAACAAUAAGUGGGGAACAAGCCUUGAUGGUGAGCCAUUUGUCCAAUUUCUCUUUCAUUAGUGCCGAUGAUGUGGAAGGAACUCAGUUCCAAGGUCUCUCUUUAGAAGACGAAUCUUCCAAAAAGAAAGCAUCAAUCUCUUCAUACAAAGAAGCAGUAAAAGUAGUGAGAGAUGGAACUACCACUGGCUGGGGGCAAGUUGUGAUCCCGACCAAGAAUGAAACCAGAGCAGGUCUCGGAUGU